AUGUCAGAAACGAACUUUUCAUCCAAAAAUUCUGAUGAAUUAAAUAUAGAAAAUAAUAAAAUUAUUGAAUGUGAUGAUGACGAUAAAAUCAAGAAAACUUACGAAACCAUAAAUAUUCAUUCAUUUAUGGAUACCGCGUCUACAUUAUUUCAAAAAGUCAUAAGCGAUGAUUAUAGUGAUGAUAGUGAUAGUAAAAAAAAAUCAACUGAAUUGAUUGGAAAUUUAAUUAAAUGGGAUAUAUGUGUUGAUGACAAUAAAAUUGACCUAGCAGUUUCCACCAUUAGUAAUCAUAAUACUGAAUGGAAUUUAAUUAUCAGGAGAACUGAUAACUAUUAUUGUCCUUAUAAAUUUGUACUUUCUAAUGGUUUUUACAAUGAUCAUGAAAUAAUUGCAAGCUCAUUAUUUAAUAACAAUGAUGUUGUUAUAUUAACAACAUUUGGUAUUCUUAUUUAUACUUUUAGUGAAAAUAACAAGUCUAUUUCUUUAAACUAUUUUUAUUUUAUGAAAUUUGUUUAUUAUUCAGUACCUGAAUUUGUCAGAAAAGACAAUAUGAAUAUACUUCAAUAUUACAAAAAAAUAUUUUCAAAAUCUACUUUACCAUUACCAAAUUCUGAUAGUUUUAGAGUAGACGGAUGGGUUUCAGUUAUAAAAAAUAAUAAGUCAAGUUUUUUGAAUUAUGGAGUUGAAUUAUUAGCAUUUGCAAUUAAAGAACAUAAGUUAGAAUUAAUUGAUGAGAUUUAUAAAAAAUGA